AUGCCAAGUGUGCAGGCAUCUAUAGACCAUCGCACAAAAGAUGACACUGACUUGGUCCUGUCUCCGCCUCCAGCCUCCGAGCCCUGGACUCCUCCUCGACCAGCCAGUUCCUCGUCAUCCCUGCUGGUGCCAGUCAGUCCCGCAGCUCACCCUCAGUCCGCGCCAUCUGGGUGCGAUGGUUCGACGCUGGACUGCCAGUCUCCAGCUCCGCCUUGGCGCGUUAAGGCCCUGUCUCCGCCUCCAGCCUCCGAGCCCUGGACUCCUCCUCGGUCCUUCGACCCAGCGGCUCCGCCUUGGCUCUUAGCUCCCUCGUCUCCAUCGUGGACUGUCAUCCCACCUACUCCACCGGGCUCCCUCGUCCCUCCGGCUCCACCUUGGUCAGUCGUCGACCAUCCGCCGCCUCGGGACUCCACUUUUCUAGUUCCACCUCUUCACUCCAUCCCUCCGGCUCUGUCAGGCUCCUCCUUCCCUCUGGUUCCACCUCCAUCCUCGGUCGCUCCGGCUCCACGUCGGUCUUCCAGGACCCCGCCUCCGCCUUGGUCGCCUGAGCCUUCUGCUCCACCUAGGCCCUCCGGAUCCUCGACGUCACCCUGGCUCUGUGGAUGUGCUGCUCCAUCUUGGGCUCCUCACCCACCGGUGCAGUCUCCGCCUGUCGGCCCCCUGGUGUCGUCGACCCCUCCUUCACCAUGGCUCCUCCCGCCGUCGACUCCACCAUGGAUCACCUGGCUAGCUGCUCAGACCAUGACGCGGGACAACAAUGAGCAAGGCUGCGGAGCAUACGAGCAACAAUUUGAUUGGCGCGCUCGGCCUGCCCGUUGGUUUGUGGGUGAAACCCCGACGAGAGGCUGGCAGUUGCCAUAA